GUCUGGUGUGCCUGGCCCCUCCCAGCCCAGCGCCGAUGAGUGCCAGGGAGCCCAAGGAGCUGAGGCUGGCGCUGCCGCCGUGUCUCCUCAACCGGACCUUUGCUUCCCCCAACGCCAGCGGCACGGGCAACGCGAGCGCCCGUGGCCCGGGCGCAGGAGGCGGCGGCGGCACAUGCAUCACGCAGGUGGGACAGCAGCUCUUCCAUUCGUUCUCCUCCACGCUGGUGCUGAUUGUCUUGGUCACCCUCAUCUUCUGCCUCAUCGUGCUGUCCCUCUCCACCUUCCACAUCCACAAGCGUAGGAUGAAGAAACGGAAGAUGCAGAGGGCUCAGGAGGAAUAUGAACGGGAUCACUGCAGCGGCAACCGCGGCGGCAGGGGGCUUCCCCAACCCGAGGGCGGCCAGGCCCCAAACCAAGCAAAAGAAACCCGGCUGGAGAAGCAGGGCCAGGACUCUGCCUUCUGCGCCUCAUCCAACGCCUCUUCUUCCCCUGGCCUCCCGUGCCAGGGUCGCUGUGCUCCUCCGCCUCCACCACCGGCCCCCAGUCCGCAAGGAGCACACAGAGCCGCCUCCUGUUUGGACCCAGCUGGCGAGGGCCUUUUGCAAACGGUGGUACUGUCCUGAUUGUCUAGCCCCUCUCCUCUUCCCUUCCUCGUUUCCAGCAUCUUUGCCGUCCUUGCUUUUUUUCCCUCCGCCUUCCUCUUCCACUUUCCUGUGGCCUCCAUUUCCUCUUCCUUCUUUCCUUAUUUGUCUUUCCCCCUACUCUUUUUCUCCUCCGCCGAGGCACUGUGCGGUAUUUGUAAAU